GAUUUCAUUCCAAGUUGCAUAGUACUCCAUCUGUCAUCACAUCAUCAUUCAUCAUCAUCUUCGUUCUUCACACACUCUCGAUUCGAUUCGAUUCGAUUUCAUUCGCCUGCAACCACCGUCACAACAACCCUUCUUCACCACUAUUUCCCUAAGCUUUUCUAAAAAUCUCUUUUUUCUCACUGAUCCUUUAACUUCAAGAUCUUAGCAUUUGGGAGUUGGCCAACUGAAAUUGGAAAUGGUUAAAAGUUAUGGAGGAUUUUGAUUUUGAGGUACAAGAGAUAUCAUGUUGCAGUGCAUAGAGGGAAUUAAGCAUUUGUUUGCUCCUCUAUUGCAAUGUUGUGACAUUGACUUAUAUAAGCAGACAACAGGACUUGAAGAUCCUGAAAUUCUUGCGAGGGAGACAGUGUUUAGUGUAAGUGAAAUUGAAGCUCUUUAUGAGCUCUUUAAAAAGAUCAGCAGUGCGGUGAUUGAUGAUGGGCUGAUCAACAAGGAAGAGUUUCAAUUGGCAUUAUUCAAGACAAAUAAAAAAGAGAGUUUAUUUGCCGAUCGGGUAUUUGAUUUGUUUGAUACAAAGCACAAUGGGAUACUUGGUUUCGAAGAGUUUGCCCGCGCCCUCUCUGUUUUCCAUCCAAAUGCCCCUAUUGAUGAAAAGAUUGAGUUUUCCUUUCAACUGUAUGAUCUCAAGCAGCAGGGUUUUAUUGAAAGACAAGAGGUGAAACAAAUGGUAGUUGCUACGCUUGCUGAAUCUGGCAUGAAUCUAUCAGACGAUGUUAUAGAGAGUAUAAUUGACAAGACUUUUGAGGAAGCGGAUACAAAGCAUGACGGCAAGAUUGACAAGGAGGAAUGGAGAAACCUUGUUUUGCGCCAUCCAUCACUACUCAAGAACAUGACCCUUCAGUAUCUAAGGGAUAUCACCACAACAUUCCCAAGCUUUGUAUUCCAUUCACAAGUAGACGAUACUUGAAGGUCAAAUAUUAUUUACUUGAUCAUGUUGCAUAUGGUUUCAUUUGUGUAAGAAAGGAUAUUGCAGAGAGAUUUACUUGCCAUGCGUUGGUUAUAUUUCUUCGAAGAUAUUUGUUUUUGUAGUUAAACCUUGUCGAAAUACAUUUGAUUUAUUGCUUCGUUAUUUUUUUUUUUGCCAAAAUUUAAUUUAUGGCUUGAAAACAUACAAAGAUCCUUAUUGUUCCUAUUCGGUGUUGUUCUGGACUAUAUUUCCAUUCCUUUUGAUCCAAGGAUUCUGUAAAGCGAUGUGGAUACUCGAAUGACAAGCUUUAAUAAGACACUCAUUUUAACUUGGGUUCAA